UGAUGCCGCAUGGUCAAUGCUUUGCAGGCGGUGCGACAAUUGUUAAACAUUUUAAAGAACAUGUGCAUUCUUUAACCUAAUAUUAGUUAUUUUACAAUAGCCUCAAAGUUAUAAGAAAUUGUGUACGAAGACGAGAAAAUACACGUUAGCUAGUGUGUAAAUUAAAAAAACUUUAUUGUGCACAGAGUGUAGUGCUAAACCAAAGGAAGCCAACGAUUUUAGCAAGAGUCAGCAAAAGACAAAAUAGCAGCGAAAUAACACACACAAAUAAACACAAUGGUGAACAUUAUAGAUGGCAGCGCGAAACAUGCGCCACAGGAAAUGGAACAGUUCCUGCCCGGCGAUGGCACUAACAAAUACAAGAUACAGCCACGCAAAUCAGAUGCCGAGCAGGCCUUGGCUAACAGUGUUUUCGACCCGUUUACAAUGCGCGAAAAUGAGCAUCCCACUACCGAUAAUGAAACUUUGACGCAUUUGCUGAAGGCCUCACUGGGAACUGGCAUUUUGGGCAUGCCCUAUGCGUUUAUGUACUCGGGCUUGGUUAUGGGCAUCUUUGCCACCAUCCUAACUGCCUUCAUCUGCACGCACUGCAGUUACGUGCUGGUGAAAUGCGGUCACAAGCUGUACUAUAAGACACGUCGCACCAAGAUGACGUUUGCGGAAAUCGCGGAGGCUGCAUUCCAGAAGGGUCCAAAGAGUCUGCGCGGCUUUGCGCCCGUGGCAAAGUUUUCCAUAUUGUUUGGCCUGUUUCUCACCUAUUUUGGCACCUGUUCCGUCUACACGGUCAUCGUGGCCAAGAACUUUGAGCAGGUGCUGGUGCAUUGGACGGGCCGCGACAUUGAGCCGCGUGUGAUCAUCUGCAUAAUGCUCGUGCCAUUGAUCCUGAUUGCCUGGGUGCCCAAUCUCAAGUACCUGGCGCCCGUUUCGAUGGUUGCCAAUGUCUUCAUGGGUCUCGGCCUGGGCAUCACAUUCUACUAUCUGGUCCAGGAUCUGCCGCCAAUCGAGGAACGCUCCCUCGUCACGCUGUCUACGCUGCCCGCCUUCUUCUCCAUAACCAUCUUCGCCAUGGAGGCCAUUGGUGUGGUCAUGCCGCUGGAAAACAACAUGAAGACGCCCAAGAACUUCCUCGGCAUUUGCGGUGUGCUCAGCCAGGGCAUGUCUGGGGUCACACUGAUCUACAUGCUGCUCGGUUUCCUUGGCUAUCUGCGCUAUGGCAGCGCGACCGGUGAGAGCAUCACUCUGAAUCUCCCCAUCGAGGAAUGGCCCGCCCAGGCUGUAAAGGUAUUGAUUGCCCUGGCCGUCUACUGCACAUUUGGACUGCAGUUCUUUGUGUGCCUGGAGAUCGUCUGGGAUGGCAUCAAGGAGCGCUGCACCAAGCGUCCCAUUUUCGUCAACUAUGUGCUGCGCACCGUUCUGGUAACUGCUGCUGUAGUGCUGGCCGUUUCAGUGCCAACCAUAGCGCCAUUUAUGGGUCUGAUUGGCGCCUUCUGCUUCUCCAUACUCGGCUUGAUAUUUCCGGUUAUCAUCGAGCUUGUCGUGCACUGGGAUUCCGGUUUCGGUCCUGGCAAUUGGAUACUGUGGAAGAACAUCGUCAUCAUGCUGUGCGGCGUUGCGGCCCUCAUCUUUGGCUCUCUGUCGGCCAUUCAGGAUAUCAUGAAGGUCUACAGCGGGUCCACGGAAGCCCAAUAAGUAAUUGGGAAAUGGAAGAAUAUAUGAAAAUAAUCUCCUGUGCGUAACACAAAAACAAAAAAMAAAAAAAAAAAAAAAAAAAAAAACAGCAUCAAGUAUGCAAACAAUGCUUUACCAAGGGAUAUAUUCAUAUUUAUAUAUAUGUAUACAUCAUACAUACAUAUGUAUAUUUAUUGUAUGCACUAUUUGUAUACCAUUUGAUGAGACAUAUACAUUUUAGUGUGUAGUUUGUAGAAGGAGCCAGCCGGGAUUAGCUCUUGUUUAUUUCCUAUGAAUCUAACUAUUGUUAGAUGUAAAAAAAAAAAAAAAGAAGAAAAAAAGCAAAACAAAAUAUAAAACUGCGCCCACACUUUGUACAUUUUUCAUGAAAGCUGAAGCGCAUGGCUAAACCAUAGUACACCUAGGUUAAACUAUCUAUUCGAGUGCCUAACUAUUUAGCACACACACACAGCACCAAAACUGUCCGUUUUAGCACGCUUUAGUACACCUGCAAAUGCAAUUAU